AUGCGGCGCCUUAAGUGUAACCAAUUGGUGAAGGGCCCCCACCUUAAACACCUCACCACAAGUGCCAGUCCACACUACUGCCCGUAUAUGCGCGCCAAGGGAUGCCCAACCUGGAACGCAGACAGAAGGCUCAUCCGAACGUCCAUCUUCAAAGACGAUGACAUAUACAUGGACCCCCUGCAAGUUCACAACGAAGAAACGAACAAAACAAACUACCUGAACAAAGCAUCACCAGACGAAAGUGUGUACACUCGAAGCAAUGUAGGCAUGAACGCAAUACUCCUAAGGACAAAAUACAUGGACAUAAAAUGUAUUAACCAAUUAUAUAAGGAGCUACUAAAUGGAGAAAUCAAUUUCACUAAAAGAUUUACCUUCCUAACGUCCGUGACCAACGAUUCCUGUAGCCAUGGCUACAACUUAGUGGACAUGCUGAAAAUACUGGAGGUGUACCAAAAAGGGAAAAACAAAAAGUAUGCAGAUGUAAUGAAAAAGAUUCUGUAUAACAUUAAUGAUUUAAGUUACCUCAUCUUUUCAUAUAAGAAGCCACUCAUAGUAUAUUGUAAUGGCAGCGUUAGAGGCUCCGGAGGGUUUAUACCCUUCUUGGCCAACAAUAGCGCUUCCUAUUUUCACUCCUCAUAUGCUUACACCAAUUUGAAGUACUCCUUUUUGCCGUAUGGUGGCAUCUCCUACGUGUUAGCCAAUUUAAGAGGAUCCAUUGGAUUCUACUUAGCCCUAACAGGGGAGGUAAUAAAAUCGACCGACCUCAUGUGGAGCGGGUUGACCAAGCGAUGGAUAGCAGAAGACUGUCUGGAGCUGAUGGAAGUCACAUCAGAAUCGCAACUGGAAGUAUCUGAACAAGAUGCCAACCUACUCUUAGAAGAACAUUUUUUAAAAGUACCCAAAAUGUAUACCUUAAAAAAUUACGAAGAAAUCAUUCACGAACAUUUUAAGUAUCCUUCCCUAAUGCAAAUUAUGGCUAAGCUAGAUGCUUCAAGAAAAAAAAGCAAUCCUGAUGAACGGGUUCGCCUCUGGGCAGAAAAGACAUACCAACAGAUCUCUUCACAACCUCCCAUCGCGGCACAUAUAACUUUUGAAAUGCUACAUCUACUUAGAACACACAAAAUGGAACUACUUAAAAAAGCCCAAGUAACAAAAAAGAUAUACAAUCAAAUGAUACAAAACAGUUACAAAGUGGUCCCAACCACCAAGGAAGAAGUAAGCUUGGCUGAACUCAAAUUCACAAUUGAUUCAGAGCUCCUCUUAAAAGCAUUAAACAUUGAAACCAAUGCCAUAGCAAAUUUCAUUUCCUGUCCGGAUGUCCUCAAUGGAAUAACCUCCUACUUGGUGAAAGACACAGAUCACUCCUUCAAAUGUACCUACCUCAAUAACUCCAUUCUCGAGAUCAAAAAGGAUAUUAUACAUUACUUCCUCUAUUACAAAAAUGAUUACGAGUUUGCUGUGCAUGACAGAUCGGAUAUAAGCUUCUCCAGCCUCAGCACCCUGGAUCGGUGCAACCAACCGUUUGGUGCACGCGAUCGCCACUUUUACGCACAGCAGAGAAAACGAUGGAGCGAUGACUACCUCAAGGAUGAACUCAACGAGAUGGACAAACUGGUCCUAUGA